AUGUUUGCCUUUGGACUUUGGCGACUGUGGAAGUGCCGCAACCUCGCUGUGUUUGAAGGGACCAUAAUGGAUCCGGCGGAGGUGGUGAGUUGUCUGCUACAUCAAGUAGCUGAAUUCCAAGAUGUGCAACACAGUGAUCAAACUCCUUCCACCACGUUGGCCCUGGUCACGCCUUCCCUAAACGUCGGAUGGCACAAACCACCGGUUGGUAUGGUCAAAAUAAAUUGCGACCCUGCUUGGAUGGCGCCAUCCAAGCUAGGAGGUGUAGGCUGGGUUCUUAGAGAUAAUUUUGGGAUCUUGAUAGGAGCAAGUGGUAAGGGUAGACUUCACGACUCCUCUGCACUUAUGGUGGAAGCUUUGGCAAUCCGAGCUGCUUUAAUUGUAUGUUAUCGUAUGCAUUUUUGGGAUGUGGUUGUGGAAUCUGAUGCGCAGCGGUGUAUUGUGACGCUAAAUGGUGAGUGUGAACCUAAUGCAGACAUUGAAG